CAGACAGAUACAAUGAGCGGCAUCGGCCAAUCGGACAGAAUCCCCUCUACUGAAAAGCCUGCACUUUUCAAACUGCCAGAUAAAGGCGACUACAGCUUAGGUGCCGAACCGCCUUCUGCAUUCAACCGUCUAACCUACAAUACCGAUGACGCUUCCACUCUGGAGCGGUUCAAAAUCCGCGAACUCUGCGAAGGCUGGCCUCUUCACCGUGAUGCCUGCGAAUGGUCUGAUCUGAGGGAAAUAUUUGAUCCCAAGGCCUUCAUAAAUAUCAGCUGGCAGCAAAACUAUCGGGACAAGGCCAUUGAUACCUGGGCUGAAGGAUGGGCUAAGGGUGAAUUUAUUUGCCAUCGGGUUCUGGGUCACGCCGUAGAUAUCAAGGGUGAUCGUGCCAUCGAUAAAAUGAAAUGUACGAUUUCCUGUCGUUUUGCGGAUGAGAAUGGCGUUGAAUGGGAUAGCGACUGUGACUGUCGCUUUGGGUACUUUUUGAAGAAGCAGCCGCAGGGAUGGAAAAUCCUCUGCAAUCAUCCAAUUUAUGAGAAGGAUAAAUGUGUACCAGUGGACCCUACUCGACCGCCACAUAUUGACCAUGAAUCUCUAGCUAAGGAGCCCAAAGGCUACCGGUUUCUGGCUUAUGGUAUGCGCCGGCUAGGCUAUCCGAUUAAGCAGAAUCUGCCCCAGUUGUUUGGCAAAGAGCGUGACAUGGUAUACAAGGAAAUGGCGGAGUGGCUGGAUGGUAAGGAUAUUGAUUUCUCUAAAGAUGACUUUUAACGUGUCUAUUCGGUGCGACAUAGCGUUCAUGCUUCCUCAAACACACGUCUAUAAUUAGCUGUUUCACUCUUGGUGAGUGUAUGUCGCUUCACUUGCUGGCGAACUGUAUCAAAAUCUCGUGCCCUUUGACUUUGGAAUUGAACCAUUCUUUUAUCUCAAUUCGGUCCUCCACAAUCGACGCACCACGCAGCACAUCUUCUUUGACCACGGUGAAAACAGCCAUGGUGACUUCAUACAUUGCCAACGACUGGGCAAUGCAGGCUCUAGUCCCUUUGCCAAACGCAAAGAAUGCCGUGAGCAUUUCGUCGUCCGCGUUAUCCC